CCAAUUCGUCUUUCGUUGCCUUUUACGAUACUUCUGGGAAAAGUCAUCGAUAUUCAAUCGGUUCUCAUACCAAAAUGUAAUCAAUUUUUAGGCACCUCCAAAGUUGGUUUCCGAAACUUAUUACAUAAAUAGAACCAAUAGUGCAAAAAAAUGUUACGUUCAGCUAUUUUAUCGAAAACCGUACCCAAGUGUCUGCAAAUCGCCACUCAAAAUUCGAAUGCGCUGUCUGUGGUGCCUGGCUUUUUUGUUCGUCGACAACAAACCCUACCGGUUGUGGACCCGUCUCAAACAUUAGAAAAGAAAGGCUACUCGCCGUUUGGCACUAAGCAAGCUUCUGUGGCCGAGUGGUCAUUAGCAAGACUCGACGAUCUGUUGAAUUGGGGACGUAAAGGAUCAAUAUGGCCAUUGACAUUUGGUUUGGCGUGCUGUGCUGUAGAAAUGAUGCACAUCGCCGCCCCACGUUAUGAUAUGGAUCGUUACGGAGUGGUAUUCCGGGCAUCACCACGCCAAGCAGACGUAAUUAUUGUAGCUGGUACAUUGACCAACAAAAUGGCACCGGCCUUGCGUAAAGUCUAUGAUCAAAUGCCUGAGCCACGGUGGGUUAUUUCUAUGGGAAGCUGUGCCAACGGUGGCGGUUAUUAUCACUAUUCGUACUCUGUGGUUCGCGGCUGUGACCGAAUAAUACCUGUCGAUAUUUAUGUCCCAGGCUGUCCCCCUACAGCAGAGGCUCUAAUGUACGGUGUCUUGCAGUUGCAGAAAAAAGUAAAACGCAUGAAGACCCUCCAGAUGUGGUACAGAAAGUAAAUGGGACAUGCACAUGCAUAUGUAUAUGAUAAAUACGCAUCGUUAAAAUGUAUAAAUAGAUAAUUUGGAUAAAUAAAUGCCUGGCUCAGUGGUUCCAAAUACC